AUGCUGCAGCACCCUUGGCACCCAGACGUGGCCAACGCAAACAGCAGAAGCUCGAUGAUGCUGGCCUCCGAGAACGGCCACACCGAGGUUGUGGAAUUACUGCUGGAGGCUGGUGCUGAUAAGGACUUCACCGACAACCGCAGGGUCAGUAGCCUGAUGUUGGCUACUCAAUCAGGCCAAAUUGAUGUCGUGUCGUUGCUUCUGGAGCACGGUGCCGACACGACUUUUGUCGAGACACAGUGGGGCAUGACUGCCCUCUUCUUGGCGUCUCUGCAUGGGCAUGUUGAUCUGGUGCGCUUGCUACUGCAGGCUGGUGCGGACAAAGACCACGCGAACAACGGGGGUGUCACAAGCCUGAUGAUAGCUUCGCAGCAAGGCCACGUUCAAGUUGUGCGUCUGUUGCUGGAGGCUGGUGCUGCGAAGGACACCGCCUGCAACGCUGAUCACAUGACUGCGCUGCUUGCAGCUUCAAGCAGAAAUCAUGUCGAUGUUGUGCGAUUGCUGCUGGAGGCCGGCGUCCACAUAAACCACAAGAAGACACUCGGUGCUACAGCGCUGAUGCUGGCUUCUGCUCACGGCCAUGUUGAAGUUGCCCGGCUGCUGCUUGAGACCGGCGCCGACAAGGACGUAGCCGACGAUGAUCCGGGCAUGACAGCUGUCACGUUCGCAUGUGAAAACGGCCGUGCGCAAGUUCUGCGCUUGUUACUGGAGGCCGGGGCCAGGGACGUAGCAGACAACGAAGGCUACACCGGCCUGAUGUUAGCGUCUCGUAACGGAGAUGUUGAAGUUGUGCGCUUGUUGCUCGACAGCGGUGCUGACACGAGCUUGGCCAACGAUGAAGGCCUCACUGCCCUCAUGUUUGCUUCGAAGCACGGCCAUGUUCAAGUUUCGCAGCUGUUGCUCGGCAGCGGCGCUGACAGGAAGUUCGCCAACAAGGACGGCCUGACUGCCCUGAUGUUGGCUUCUCGAGAGGGCCAUGAGGAAAUUGUGCGUUUGCUGCAGUUCGACGAAUCGAAUUAG